UUAAUUCACUUGAUGUAGAUGCUAGGGUUCUUCAAUUUCAAUUGGGGUUUUGGAUUUGAGUCAGCUAUUCCCCCUUUCCAGAGGCUGGAUCACUUUCCCAUACCACCCAAUUCGAUCCAUUUUACGACAUCUCGAACGCUUAACUUUUCAUUCCGACUUCGUGAAGUCGAGAAUUUGCUGCUAGGGUUAUACCUACACUUCUCCCAGAUUGGGAAGUUCAAUUAGGGUUCAUAUCGCGGCAGGAGUUUUUUUUUUUGCUUAAAUAAAUAAAUUAAGAGAAGAUGUUUCAAUACGCUGGAUUCUAGCUUCCCUUUUCGAGAUUUAAGGUUUUUGUUUUGAGAGGAAUCGCCUUUUUUGGGGGUUAAUUUGGUGUUUCCCGAUUGCUUUUCGGAAUCCAGCCAUGGCGUCGUACAGGCCGUUCCAUCCACCGCCGCACUCAUCGUUUGCUCCGCCACCGCCGUCGAAUCCGAACUCCCUGCCACCUCCACCACCAGCGGCGCCGCGCGGUGGAAGUCAGUAUUCGCAGAAUUGGGGGACCUACAGCGGCGGCGAUGGCUCGAAUUACAAUUACCAGCUUCCAGGCUAUGGAUCAUCGUCAUCACAGCAGCAUUUUAACCCUCCAGCCCCUCAACAGCAGCCGUAUCAAUUUCCGCCUCCUCCACCUCCACCUCCACCGGAGUUAUCUUCUUACCCGCCUCCACCUCCACCUCCACCGCCACAAUCUGCCCCAGCAGCCGCAAUGUACUACCCGUCAUCUCAGUAUUCACAGUUUAAUCAGCCACCACCUCCACCGGCUCGUCCUUCGUCUCCUCCUCCUCCACCUCCUCCUUUGCAGCCGUCAUCGCCUCCACCAUUACCUUCUUCCGCGCCUCUUUCCACGGGUGCAAGCAGGGAGAGUAGGCAACCCAAUCCGGCCGCAUCAUCUAGGAAGGAGCAUAAGCCACCACUGAGUAAUAAACGACCGGGUGGGCGGAUUGAGACUGAGGAGGAGAGAAGGGUAAGAAAGAAGAGGGAGUUUGAAAAGCACAAGCAAGAGGAGAAACACAAGCAACAUCUCCGAGAGUCACAGAAUAAAGUGCUGCAGAAGACCCAAAUGCUGGCCUCCGGGGCCAAGGGCCAUGGCUUGAUUAGUGGAUCUCAUAUGGGUGACAGAAAGAGCACUCCAUUGUUAGGUGGUGAUAGAAUCGAAAACCGGCUGAAGAAGCCAACAACCUUCCUCUGCAAGUUGAAGUUCCGGAAUGAACUACCUGAUCCGUCUGCAAAGAUGAAGCUUUUGUCAUUAAAAAGGGACCCCGAUAGAUACUGUAAAUAUCAAAUCACAUCGUUGGAGAAGAACUGGAAACCUCAGCUACAUGUUGAACCUGAUCUUGGAAUACCUCUGGACCUUCUUGACCUGAGUGUAUACAAUCCUCCAAAGGGUGAAAGGAUACCCCUCAAGCCUGAGGAUGAGGAGUUGUUACGUGAUGAUGAACCUAUAACCCCGAGUAAGACUGAUGGCAUUAAAAAGAAAGAAAGGCCUACAGACAAAGGUGUCUCUUGGCUUGUUAAAACUCAGUACAUAUCACCUCUCAGUAUGGAGUCCACUAAGCAGUCUUUGACUGAAAAACAAGCAAAGGAAUUGCGAGAAUAUCGAGGUCGGAGCCUCUUGGAGAACCUCAACAGUAGGGAUAGGAAAAUUCAGGAUAUUGUGGCGACGUUUGAGGCAUGCAAGACCAAGCCUGUUCAUACAGUUAAUCGACAUCUACAGCCGAGAAGGAUCCUCCCACUUUUACCUGAUUUUAACAGGUAUGAGGACCACUUCGUGGUUGCUACUUUUGAUAGUGCUCCAACCGUGGAUUCAGAAAUCUACAGAAAAUUGACUGCAGCUGAUCGUGACGAGUACGAACAGAAAGCAAUCAUGAGAAGUUAUGCGUCAACAAGCACGGACUCAGAAAGACCCAAUGGAUUCUUAGCAUACAUGGUGCCAUCAGUAGACGAGAUAGAGAAGGACAUAUACGAUGAAACUGAAGAUGUCUCAUAUUCAUGGGUCCGCGAGUAUCACUGCGAUGUUCGAGGUGAUGAUGUGGAUGAUCCAACAACCUACCUUGUGUCGUUUGGUGAUACAGAAGCCAGAUACCUGCCCCUUCCAAACAAGCUAAUCUUAAGGAAAAAGCGUGCCAGAGAGGGAAAAUCAACCGAGGAUGUGGAGCAAUUUCCGGUGCCUAGGUCAGUAACAGUAAGGAGGCGAACCAACUUAUCUAUUAAAGACUUGACAGAGGAAGAGGAUUAUGUACCGUUGAACGGUAAUCUAAACUCGAGAAGUGGAAGGGGUGCCAGCAUGGAUAUGGGACCCGGUCGCUUGCGUAGGAUGAGUAGUCAGGACAUGGAACCUGAUGAUUACAGCGGCGCUGAGGAUGAUUUAUCUGAAUAGUUGCUCUCUUCUCUCUCUUCCCCUUCCUUUCGGAAACCGCAUUAAUUUUUUUCCUUUCACCCCCUCCGGUAAAUCAAACUACAGUGCUAUUUAGAUAUCAAAGGAAGGAAAGCUGCAUCACUUGCACAAUGUUAUCCUUUGAUCAAACUUAAUUGCAAACAAAUACCUAUAACAUGCAAUCAAGAGUGGUUGACAUGAUUUCUUACAACAUGAGGAAAGCAGAAUCUAACAGAUUCCAUCUUGCAGCACCCGGCUUUGGACCUCCGACGAGGAGGGCGAUGUAGGGAGUCCGUUCCGGUUCGUCUCCAGCUUCCCAGCAGCCCAUGAAAUCGCCUGACCUCCAAGUGCAACUGGUGCUAGCAGAGACCUAAGGUAGUAGUAAAAUUUUCAACAGUACAGAAACCAAAAUCUGUGUCUGAAUAGUGGAUAUAUGUUGCAACUGUAUCUGUAGAAUGCUUUUAUUUGUUUAAAUGGGAACCUUAUAUCUUGCUGGAA